CACGCCAGAAAAUGUGCAGAAGAGCGCCAGAGAUCUGGAUCUGCUGCCACGUGUCAGGCUUCAGACAGACGUUUUAACUGCCUAUUGCUUCAUGGACAAUACAUGCAUACACGUGAUAUAUAUAUAUACGCAUAUAUAUAAUUCUGAAGAAUUUGAAGCUAUAAUUUCUCAGUACUGAUCACGAUGAGCCAGGAACAGCCGAGGAGGCCACAGCCCGAGGACGAGGAGCGAGUGGUUCUGCAACCAGAACGGCUUGCUCCGCCGUCGAGCUACCGAGGCACGUACGGAAGCAUUACGAUCGGGGAGGCACUUGAAGCUACUGCGUUGACAUCGGGACGGAAGCCGGUGGAUUACAGCGACGCGGCGGCGAUCCAAGCCGCCGAAGUUAGGGCAACCGGCCGCGCCAACAUCGUUCCCGGCGGUGUCGCCGCCGCAGCUCAGUCCGCCGCCAUUCGCAAUGCUCGGGUCCACGACGAGGAGAAGACCAGAUUAGGCGAAGUUCUUUGCGAUGCAACUGCCAAGCUGCCGGCAGAUAAGCCGGCGACCAGACGAGAUGCUGAAGGGGUGAUUGGCGCAGAACUAAGAAAUAAUCGAGACUUGGCUACCCGUCCGGGAGGUGUGUCAGCCUGUGUGGCUGCAGCGGCUAGGCUUAACCAGAAGAGGGAUUGAAAUUGAUUAAUGCCGGAAACCGCCUUCCUCUUGAGUGAGUUUAGUGUUCAAUCUCCAACUUAUCAUAGAGUUUAGGGUUUAAUCUCUGUUUGUAUUGUUUGCCAUUGGAAUAUGUUAUUAUUAUCCUUUUUUGGUUCGUUUCCGUUUAGUGUUAGUUUUUUUAUAUAUGAUAUAGAAAGAGAAGGAAGAAAUCGAAUGAAUUUUACCCGAGAUGUUUUUUGGGCAUUUCAGUUUUUGCCAUUUUGUUAAUAAAAUGAAAUCCACUAGAAAUUAGUGGAACUAAAAACAGUGAAAUGGAUUUAAAAUACUUUCUUCUCAAUUGGAAGAGCCAUGAACAAAUAUUAAACAAAUAACAACGACAUCACC